UCCAUGCCACUAUUCGGAUGAAGUAACGAGGUAACAUAAUUUUAGAGACUGACUCGAAUAGGGAUUCACCGUACUGCUGUCUCGUUAUACCAAGAGGAGUCAUGCUCUUCUGCGAUCCACGCCUUCAACACCUCUACUAACCCUACGUUAAUUUCUAUUUAAACCUCGUACUUUUCUAGACCUUCUGGUUUGUAGCACGUAGUAUAUCGAUAUUGGCCAUAACCCUUCGCGACACCCGGUCUCGAGAAGCUCGUCGAUUCCCAUCAACCUCAUUUCGCAAUCUGCAAGUGCAACUCUUUCCUAUCUCCUAGAGUUCCUUCGUUGGGUUACCAUUCGAUAAACUUACCAUACUCCUAUCGGGUAUUACCAUACCUGUCUGGCACUAUGGGGGCCGGCUUUGUGGCAUGUAUCAUCGCUUUUCCCAUCACCCUCUUAGGCCUCGAAGCAGGUGGAUACUCGUACUUUGCCGCGUUUGUCCACAAUGAGCUAACUCCAUACUUUACGGAGCAUGGUAUGGAGGCUCAGCUGAACGAUUCCCGUCUUGUGUUCACGUACCUCCUUAUCUCGGCCAUCUUUCUCUGGUGUUCGGUCUUGAGCAUGAUGCUGGGCUUGUGCUGCGGAACUGGGCGCGACUCGUACGGCCGCGAGCGCUCCGGGUUUACCUGCGGAUCUGGCUUGAGAGUAAUCAUAUCCUGCGCCUUCAUGCUCGCUAUGAUCAUCCUGGCAAGUCUGACAGUGCAACACGUCUGGGAAUGGUGGCAAUACUUCGAGGCGAACAACCUACAUCAUUUCGCGAGUAACUGUCACGGCUUGGCGGGGAUGAUCCUCGCGGUUCUCGUUCUUACUAUGAUAACCCUUAUCACUACGACUUUGUUGUACGCCUGCGAUUCUGAACGGCUACCCCGGUAAUAGGCAUAUGUCAAGAUUGGGAGUUGGGGGACUGGUGGUCGGCAUUCUUUGAAAUUUGCUAGUCAUCUGUAGACCCUGGGUUGGGAAGGUAAAGCGUUCGUCUGCUUGGCUGUUCCCAUCCCGUUAGAUACUCUAAUGAAUUGACGAUAUCUUAUGCGCUGUUUAUGAGAAUCGGUAAACCUAUUAAGCAAUCAUUAAAGUGCUUGAACUCCAUAGGCUAUGCUGAAAUAUUAAAGAACAUGAACAUGAUGUUGUCAGGGCAUAGCAUUGAUUUCUUGCAUGUACAUGCAUAUAUGUACCUAGGCACCUAAUGUACCUAGGUACGGAAUACACUCAGGUCCCGGCCCCACUUAGCUCCCACGUUCCACUACGGUGGGACAACUAUUUUUUCCCUUUAUCUU